AUGGAGUUUAAAGUAUCAUCAAGCCAACGGUGUUCAUCUCCUCCUUGGUUCCUCCAUCACCACCUGACCACCACUGCUGGAGGAGCCUCUCGUCCUCUUCCAUUGCAUCACCGAUCGCACUCUGCUUCCACCCCCACUACCACUUCAUCCAUCACCGCAUCACCGUCCUUAUCUCAACUUCCUCCUCACCAGCCCUACCAUCUUCAUCAACAACAGCAACAUCAUCAACAGUUGCACAAAACCAUGACAAGUGCACUUGAGAAAUGUACAUCUUCGCUGUCUGAAAUACAUAGAUUAUUAAGAGAAUCAUCGACAUCAUCAUACGGCACAAUGAGCACAAACUCUUCAAUUGAAUCGUCACCGAUUGAACAAGCGACAUCAAGAUCCGCACGUCGAAAAUGGCACUCCGCCAUGCGAUUUAUUCAAGGAGUUCAGAGAUUUAAGACACCGGUCAUGUCUCAUAAGAGAACCACCGAGAUUCGCGAGCAAUCAGUUGGCCGGACAAGUUGUGAAUCGGCAAUCGUCGACCCCGUCUACCUAGCGCUAAAACAGGCGACGGGUCGCUACUCCCGACGGGGAUCCACCACUUUUGAGUCGGCGUCUCCAAGUCCUCGUAACCUCUCACAGGUAUCACUUCAGGAUUCUGGUUACGUCGAGAUGGGCUCUUCGAAGGCCAACCCACUUCUCGGCUCGACUCCACAACUUGACAACGCCGGUCGAUCAGUUGGACGGCGGCGAGCUCCAAAGUUGACACAACAAAUGAAAUCGCUCUCGCUGGAUUGUCAAGAUAUGCCGCCACGAAUCAAUCAGAAUACACGGAGCCCAUUGAUUUCAGGAUCCAAACUUGCUCCACGUGACUAUCGAAAACCAGGCAUCAACGGCUCUUCAGACUUUUCGGAUGUUGAACGAUCGUGCUCACCAAUCGUGAAAAGCAGACGGAGCAGCUCAUCAGCUUUACAUGCCGGUGGCUAUAUUGUGAUCCACGAGUACUCCCCAUCGAAUGGAAGCUCUCUGGUCUUAGGAGAGAAGGUUCGAGUGGUAGACAACGGAGAUCCGGAUUGGCUCCACGGUUUCCGUCUCAAUGAUAGAACCGAGCACAUGAUCUCUUUCCCAGCAACAUGUGUGGCUCAAAUGAUGGCUGGCGAGCAGGCGAUGCGAAUUCAGCAAAACGUGUUCGUUGCCGAGCAAAAGCUGCGGAUGUAUAGGGAUCAGAUCGUAUUUGUGCAACCGGAGAGCCUUGUGGAAGGAAAAGUAACCGUUCGAACGGAGCACAAUGCUCUUGCUCCAUGUCCACUCAGUUAUCUUGCCUUAAUCUGAUUCUCACCUGGUUUAUCCCAUCUCUCUGAUUUCCUACGAGUACCCCUACCCAUAUUUGUCGCCUUCGUUUUUUUUAGCUAGUUUCAGCCUCACCCUCCAAAAGAAUAAUUCCCCCCAAAAAAUCUCAUAAACCUAACCAAAUUUGUAAUUCAAUCAGCAUAUAUGUUGUCAUAUCGGUCACCAUUUGACCAUUUCUGGAAAUAUUUUCCCCCGACACUCCAAACACUCAUUCCACGUACGUUAUUUUUUGAAACGUUCAUACGAAUUUAGUUUUUGAAAAAGUGUACUUUUUUCCUUUUUCUCUGCAAUAAAAUCAUCAAGUUUGA